GUGUCUCACUGUUUAACUUGAGCAUUCCAAGAUACGAACCGAGAGAUGCCAUUCUGCUCGCCUUUACAUCUACAUCAACGAACGGAGCUUUAAUUUAUCGCUAUAACUGUUGACAGUUUCUCUCAGACACUUACAGCAAAUGAGGGUGAAAGUUUUGUUUUGGUCUAUUCACGCGUGACAACCCCACAAGGACAUACAGGAGUAAUUAUGCCCUUAAGAAAAAGAGACACAGCCAGGGCAAUAUGCCUUCUGGAGGACUACUGCUCCAAGCUGAAGAAACCAGAGGAACAACAGCUCAAAACUGCCAUCUUAAGAGUCAUGGGCAUCUUCAAAAGCAGCCUGUUCCAAGCUCUCAUAGAUAUCCAGGAGUUUUAUGAAGUGACCCUGUUGAACUCCCAGAAGAGCUGUGAGCAGAAGCUGGCUGAGGUUAAUCACAUGGCUGAGCAGUGGGAAGACAAUGCCGCUGGCUCGACUUCCCCAACCGAGGGACCGCAGCCGGGUUCAACACCACCAGAGUUGGGAGAGGAGAGGCGCUUGGAGUUGACAGUGAAGGAGCCAGCUGAAGAAAACACCAAUACAGAGAACAGGCCUCCGGCAGUACAGGGCCCCCAGCAGCAAAGCCACUCUCCAGCAUGUAUGAACCCAGCCCUGAUGAGCUCCCCCUGGUACCGGUAUCAGGAUGACGAUUCCCCUCCUCCCGAACAUGGUUUCCCACGUCUUACCAAUGAGGUUCGGGCUCCGGAGCUGGUACACGUGUCAGAGAAGAACCUCUCAGAGAUUGAGAAUGUUCACGGCUAUGUUUCCCACUCUCACAUUUCACCGCUUAAGCCUGCGCUGGUUACCCGGUUUGAUCUAACAUACCCGGGGGUGACCGCUGCAAACUACCUGGCAAGCCCUGCCCCAAUUAUUGUCAACACGGACACUUUGGAAUCUGUACCUUACGUAAAUGGGACAGAAAUUGAAUAUGAAUUUGAAGAGAUUACAUUAGAGCGGGGUAACUCAGGGUUGGGGUUUAGUAUAGCAGGCGGUACUGAUAACCCUCACAUCGGGGACGAUCCAGGAAUCUUCAUCACCAAGAUCAUCCCUGGUGGAGCUGCAGCUGAAGAUGGCAGACUCAGAGUGAAUGACUGUAUAUUGCGUGUGAACGAGGCAGAUGUGUCAGAGGUUUCACACAGUAAAGCAGUGGAGGCUCUAAAAGCUGCCGGAUCGAUUGUGCGGCUCUAUGUGCGCAGGAGGAGGCCAAUGCUGGAGACCGUUACUGAAAUCAAACUCAUAAAAGGACCAAAAGGGCUCGGCUUCAGUAUUGCAGGUGGUGUGGGAAAUCAACACAUCCCUGGAGAUAAUAGCAUUUAUGUCACUAAAAUCAUCGAUGGGGGCGCAGCACAGAAGGAUGGCAGGUUGCAGAUUGGAGACAGAUUGCUCAUGGUGAAUAACUACACUCUAGAAGAUGUGACCCAUGAAGAAGCAGUGGCCAUACUGAAGAACACAUCUGAUGUGGUGUACCUAAAGGUUGGGAAACCCACAAGUGUCUAUCUCUCAGACCCCUAUGGGCCUCCUGAUAUCACACACUCAUUCUCACCCGCUAUGGAAAAUCAUAUCUCUUCCCCUGGUAAUAAUGGCACUCUGGAAUAUAAGUCCAGUCUUCCACCCAUCUCCCCCGGCCGAUAUUCCCCCCUGCACAAGCACUUGCUGGGGGAAGAGGACAUUAACAGGUUGGAUGGUUUUUCAUUCCUACGAAAUCCCUCGUUAGAUGAAAUGGAAGGUCACAGGUUUGAUUCCCAGCACUUCCAGUUGAGGCCUCCAGAGCCAGUUUACAGCACUGUGAACAAACUGAGUGACCGUGCACCCUCUCCCCGCCUCUACUCCCCUGUGGAGUUUGAUAAAAGCCCCAUGCACUCAAUCCCCCACUUCCCUCAUUAUCACAUAGGCCUUCUAUCUGACUCCGAGAUCACCAGGGAUCCCAGGAAGAUCGUUCUACAUAAGGGCUCAACCGGGCUUGGCUUCAACAUCGUAGGAGGAGAAGAUGGAGAAGGCAUUUUCGUCUCCUUCAUACUGGCAGGAGGGCCUGCAGACCUCAGUGGAGAGCUGCGGAGAGGAGACCAGAUCCUUUCCGUAAAUGGAAUCGAUCUGCGUGGUGCCACUCAUGAACAGGCAGCAGCUGCACUGAAAGGGGCGGGACAGACGGUAACCAUCAUCGCCCAAUACCGGCCCGAGGAACUUGCCCUGUGCUCUCCACGCCGGGCGCCGCCUCCAACUGCAGAAUACGGGCGUUUCGAGGCCAAAAUACAUGACUUGCGAGAGCAGAUGAUGAACCACAGCAUGAGUUCCGGAUCCGGCUCCCUCAGAACCAAUCAGAAACGCUCACUCUAUGUCAGGGCUCUGUUUGACUAUGAGAGGGCGAAGGACAGCGGUCUGCCCAGUCAGGGCCUGAGUUUCCGAUAUGGAGACAUCCUCCACGUCAUCAAUGCCUCUGACGAUGAGUGGUGGCAGGCCAGGAGAGUGACGCCUGAAGGGGACAGUGAAGAGAUGGGCGUCAUCCCCAGCAAGAGGAGAGUGGAGAGAAAAGAGAGAGCGCGCCUAAAGACGGUUAAAUUCAACGCAAAGCCUGGGAGCCUUGAUUCUAAAGGGUCAUUCAGUGAAAAGCGUAGAAAGAACUUCAUCUUUACACGCAAGUUCCCUUUCUACAAGAACAAGGAUGCUGACGAGCAAGACGGCAGCGACUCGGAACGGAGUCAAGAGGAGUUGAUACUCUCCUACGAACCUGUCAUUAGACAAGAGAUUCAUUAUGCCAGGCCGGUUAUAAUCCUGGGACCCAUGAAGGACAGAAUCAAUGAUGACCUAAUCUCCGAGUUCCCGGACAAGUUUGGGUCGUGCGUGCCACACACUACCAGACCAAAGCGAGAUUAUGAAGUGGAUGGGAGAGAUUAUCACUUCAUGAUCUCACGAGAGCAAAUGGAGAAAGACAUCCAAGAGCACAAGUUCAUCGAGGCGGGGCAGUACAAUGACAAUCUGUAUGGAACCAGCGUCCAGUCUGUGAAAUAUGUGGCUGAGCGGGGCAAGCACUGCAUACUCGACGUGUCUGGGAAUGCCAUAAAACGACUACAAGUAGCACAACUCUACCCUAUUGCCAUCUUUAUAAAGCCUAGAUCCAUUGAGUCCUUAAUGGAAAUGAAUAAGAGGUUGACGGAGGAACAGGCCAAAAAGACAUACGACCGUGCCAUGAAACUAGAACAGGAGUUUGCCGAGUACUUCACAGCGCUGGUUCAAGGGGACACGCUAGAGGACAUUUAUAACCAGUGUAAGAUGGUGAUAGAGGAACAGUCUGGACCUUACAUCUGGAUUCCCUCGAAAGAAAGACUAUAAAAAAUCACCUUACCCUGGCAGGGACCUUGGACUGCAAAAAAACAUAGGAAUAAUUUGUAACAAUCUAAAUUAUUAUUAUGGCAAUGUUUGUUUUUUUUUCUGUUUGUAUAAUUUGUGUUGCAUUUUUUCACUCUCUAUAUGAAUGUUCCUGAAUGUACACCACAAAGUGUUAAACAUUUUUUGGUCUCAACAAAAAAAGAGGACUCUUUGUUUAUUUGUAUAUUUAUGGGUUAGCAUUUUAAUUUAACGAGAAAAUAAAACACAAAUUAGCGCUGUGUUUUUCUUGACACAAACUAUAGGUUGGGAUUUCGAAACAGAAAGACACAGAAGUAGGUCAGAUCAUCAUGGAGGAUUUCCAUGCCACCAUCAUCUCCACCAAGAAGAAAAUAAAACUUUCCUUCCAAUCGGUUGGUCACACCCAUUUCACUAACUCAGCAUCUAUGCACUACCGUGGUCAACAAAACACAUUGAUUGUGUUAUGAUUUUGUAUUUGUAUUAUUUUGUAAUUUUUUUGUACAGACAUCUACUUUAUUUGCAUAUGUUACUUUAAAGAUCUAGAUCCAAUUGUACAUGUUUCUAAGGGAUCAUUUGAGAAAAAGAUUCUUGUGGUUAUAUGAUGUUUUACUUAGAGUAAACGGCUAAGGGAAUUCAGCUAGCUAUAGGAAAUAUGACACUAUAUUUUGCUAUUUAUAUUGAUAGAGGACACAGCAGCACAUAAACUAUUUAUAAAGAUGAUAUAUAACUUUGUCUAAAAAUCAUUUUGGAAAAGAGAUUUUACUGGUGUAUCAUAUUGUGUUGUCGUCGCUGUGUUGUAGGGAAUGAUCGUGUGGCCCCUGGACAUCAAGUGGAAUGAGUGAGUGCAUGUUUUCCCUGAACAAAAAUUGCCCACUUCCCCCUUCUUCCCUCCAAUUUCGGAAUCAGCUAAUUCUAAACAGACCGAGAGUUUGACAAUUCUUGGAACUUAGAACUUAGAACUUCAUAAUUGGCUGAGAAUUGAGAGUUUUAAGUCCUGAUGACAGGAAAGAACUUGGUCUUUGUGAAUUCUGUUGUUCUGUUUCCAAGACGGAAACACUCGUGCACCCCCAUCCUCCCUCAAGCACACUCUUGAGUGUUUACAGUAUAGUUCCUUUUACCUCAACUACAGUUAUGAGAUAAAUAAGGUACUUGGGGACAAGGUCUGCAAAACGGUCAUCCGGUCUUAAAGGGAUAGUUCACAAAAACUGAAAAUUCUGUCAUUAUUUACUCCAAACCUAUAUGAAUUUCUUUCUAGAAAUGUUAAGCAGAAUGUUAGCCUCAGUCAACAUUCACUUUCAUUGCAUCUUUUUCAACAAUGACACAAUGCUGACACUAAAAGUUCUGCCAAACAUUAUAUGUGUUCCAUGGAAGAAAGAAAGUCAUACAGGUUUGGAGUAAAUAAUGACAGAGUUAUCACUUCAAAGGCUAGUAGCUUUCAUUUAAAUGUACAGUAGAAUACAAAUCUAAGAUUCAUUUGAUUUAAUUCUGUUUUUAAUUUUCAGCAUGUAUUUCAGCUCUUGUCAAAAUGAUCUUGGCUUCCCAUCCACACAUUCACAGUGCAUACUUCUGUAUUCCAUGUUCCUUCCAUGUAUAGUUGAGAGAUACAUGUCCUCCUACAUAAAUAGUACAAAUCUUGCCAUUUGUGGAAACUUUAAACGACAAAUGACAAAAGCCAUUUUCUCUGCGUACUCAUUGAAAUUAUUUGUUGCGAUAUGUAUUGGGAGAUGUUACAGCGCGGUUCUGUGGCAAGAGUCUUUUGACCUACUGGUCACCACUUGCCUUAAAAAAAAGAAGGUGAGAGGCUUUUAUGGCCAGGUAGACAUUUUUUACGCUUAUUGAAGAUUAGCACUUUUGUAUAUUUGAGAAAUUAUUCACAGAUUAUGUUCAACCAGAUGGUUGGCACUGAGGGGGAUUUUCAGAUGAGAGAGACUGAAUAUCACAGUGAGCUCUUCAUGUUGUAAUAUGGAACUUCUUUGAAUAACAAUAGAUAAUGUAUAUGUUAUUAUGACAAUGUAAACCAUGGAUGACAUCAGUGACUUUCAGAAUAUAUUCAUACAUUUUAAA